AGAGACGCAAAAAUAUGAGAAUGUCACAUCCUAUCUCCCUUGGCGGCUGUUGAAGAUAUGUUUUCCAGCCGAACAGAUGGUGAGACAAACCAAGACCUACAAACAGCAUUUAGAGAGAAAGAACCUGGCUGGGAUGUCAGAAAAGAUGUCUGGCAGCAAUGAGUUCAGUAAUGGUCAGAGCUCUGUUCAGAAGGCUGUGAGGAGUCCAAACCCGACUCAACUGUCCCAGAAUGCUGUUCAGCAUGGAGAGGACAGUGCAAAUGCUGGUCAGGUCACAUCCUAUCUCCCAUGGCGGCUGCUGAAGAUACGUUUUCCAGCCGAACAGAUGGUGAGACAAACCAAGACCUAUAAACAGCAUUUAGAGAGAAAGAGGCUAGCUGGGAUGUCAGUGAAUACGUCUGGCAGCAAUGAGUUCAGUAAUGGUCAGAGCUCAGUUCAGAAGGCUGUGAGGAGUCCAAACCUGACUCAACUGUCCCAGAGUGCUGUUCUUCAUGUAGAGGACAGUGCAAAAGGUGGUCAGGUGUCCUAUCUUCCCUGGCUGCAGCUGAAGGACCGUUUUCUUGCAGAGAAGGUGAAUCAGCCCAAGACAUCCAAAGCGGUUUCCAGGAUCUGGGCUUCCAAUGACCCCAGGUUAAUCCCACAGAAGCAGCAGGGUAAAAGAAAGAGUCCCACAGGGGAGCUGGAUGAGGCAUCUGGGGUCAGUAAAUGCAAAAGAGCCAAGGAAAAGAACAUCUCUGAUGUGACCCUGCUGAAGACUGAUCCAUCCACUGGAAAUACGACAAAUACAAACAAUAGAGCUGGAGCAUCUCGUCCUCUGGAGGCUAUGAAGAACAGAAUUAGCGUUUGGGGCCACUCUCGGCAAUGUCAACCUCAGACAACUUCACCAGCCAGACGCCUCAGUGCCCCUUUGGCUAAGUACCUAGCCUCCACCAUCACACCAAGGGCCAUUGACAUCCAGCGAAUGGGGUUAACAUCUGACCUUAUGAAGUUCCUAAACAUGCCGGAUGAGAAGCUGUCAUUGCAGCUCUGGGACUUAGGGGAGGAUGCAGGAGACCAGCGCUACAAAGCCCACUGGCAGUUCUCCACCCAGCAAGGCCAUAUACUGAUGGACAGCAAAUGGCUCCAGAACAAUGAGAACUGGUGAUGAGACUCAAGUCUCCCAAAUGCUUCCUCAGGAGACUCUAAUCCAGAACAGAGGAAACACUGCUGAUAUUUCCUGACAUUCAUGUAAUAAUCCUCAUCACUCAUAUUUGGGGUGAAGUCUAUUUCAUUUCUAGCAAUUCAGGAUGUUAACUGAAAUUUAAAUUUACUGACAAAAUAAUCUCAAUGGAGGCCUUGGGGAUCAUCAGUUUUAAAUAAAGUUCAGUUGAAUUGACUGAAUUGGAAAGGAACUGAUCCCACAUAUGGAACAAGUACAUACAGACAAACACACACACACACACACACACACAAUGAGGACCCCAUUGAAUUGCAUCAUUCAAAAUACACUUAUUCAUCACUAUUUACUGUCUAUCUUUUGUUUUUAUUUAACAUUUAAUAUUCUGCUUCAACUACAAAAAUCUGAGAAUUCUAAAUGCUUUAGAUGUUUUAAUGCUUUAGAUAGCCAUGUAUCCUGGCUAAACUUACAGUCUGGCCCUCAUAGCAUUAUGGGCACCUUUUCAUGUCUAGUCGAAUUAAUGAAUUAAUCAUUAAUACAACCUGACUAUGCUGUAUCAAUAACUAAUUAUUGUAAGUAUCAGUGCAUCAAAGAAACAUUAACCUGUUGAAUGCUAUGUAACUAUUUAAAUAUUUGCCUUUACAGACACACUUAAGUCACUAUUCAUCAUGUGUGAGGUUCAUAAACAAAGUAUAAUGCUGCAUACCUGAAGAAAGAUUCAUAACUCACAAACUAAAUGCCUUGAACUAAAAGUUCAAGUAGUAGGAAUUGUGGUUGAAAUUACUGUGACUAGCUGCUGCAUAGGCUAGCUACUUGAAUGAACUAGCUAGCCACACCAUUGUAUAGGCAGAGUGAUGUCGGUGGGAGUACUGUUCUGAGUACUGUAACACUCUGAUCACGUGGUCGUGCAUGCAUUUGUUGGAUACUUGUGUGCUGCUCAGCUUGUGACUAAAUGACUAAACAGUCAUUGAGUUGUCUAAAUAAUUUCAUAAUAAAACUUGCAAAGUUUGUCCAUUAACUUAUUGAUUAGGUCAUGUUGAUGUUUUAUCUGCUUAGG